AUGCCCACCUACAUCAUCGAGCACAUGGAGGACGACAACCCCGACACGUCCUUCCCGCACUGGAUCGCACUCGAGUACGCACAGAUGAUCAAGUGGGCCGGCGACGGCAACACCGUCAUCUUCUCCAGCCUCUCGCCCUCGUCCGUAAAGUCCCUCUCAGAACAGCUCAUCGCUCGAGGCGCCCGCGAGGGCUCGUUCCGCGCAGAGACCAGAAGCGUACGCCAACUGAUGAACGAGGAGGGCGUCCCGCUCGAAAAGGUCUGCCUGCUCGACCCGCGGGCCGAGAAGGAGAUUGCGCCAGAGGACGGCAAGGCGUACGACUGGUUCCUGUUCGGCGGUAUCCUUGGCGACGACCCUCCCCGAGACCGCACCGGCAUCCUCCGCCGCGACGGCUACCCAGGCCGCCACCUCGGUCCCGUGCAAAUGACGACCGACACCGCACUGGGCGUAACCUCCCUCAUCGUCUCACCUCCUCACAAGACCCUCUCGACAAUCACGUUCGUCGACCACCCUACGAUCCGGUUCGACGAGCACGAGGGAGUCGAGAUGCCGUUCAGGUAUAUCGUCGACGAGGAGAGUGGUGAACCGGUGUUGCCAGAGGGGAUGAGGGAGCAUUUGAAGGCUGACAUGGACCGCGGGCUGGACGACUUUUGA